AUGCAGAAAAUAAUACGACGGACGGAGAAGGCCACACGGGUCGCCGCUCGACAAAAGGCCCGUAAAGAUGAUCACAUCAAGAAGGGCGAAGCCUGGGAACGAAAUCAGAACCGCGUGCGAAUCGUGCGAGACCAACACCAGCUCAUACGAGAAGACCGCGUGAACCGCCGCAUAGACUGGGAAUCAGGCACUCUCGCACCACGCAGAGAUGUCGGCGACAAGACAAAGACAUACGGCGCACAAUCGUUGUACAACAUGGUGAUGCCAGACAAGGACCCCGAAUUCCAUCUGAAAUGGUCGCACAUCGCAGAAGGAGACAGAGUUGUCAUCACACGCGGCAGAGACAAGGGAAAGAUAGGUGUCGUGGGUGAGGUCAGCUUGGACAAGGCAGCAGUGCAAGUGAGGGAUCUCAAUAUGCUGGAUAUUCACCUGCCAGCCUGGCUCAAGCAACAAAACAGCGAUGACCGAGACAUUUUCUCGCACGCUCAACUCAUGUCCAUCGAAGACGUCAAGCUCGUAUACCCUCUUCCCGACCCCGAUACUGGCAUUCCCCGAGACGUCAUCGUCGACAGACUACAAUGCGUGAACCGCCGCUUCGACAAGAACAAGCGCGAAUGGGAUGAGGGCGACCGCGUCAUUCCUGGCACCAACACCAUUAUCCCCUGGCCCGAAAAGGCAGACCCUCAGUACGAAGACAACGAAGUUGAUACCUUACGAAUCAGCGUUGAAGAGCAGACAUUCCGACCUUUCCUAAUUCGACCGCCGAUGCCAUUGAGUGUUGUGGACGAGCUGAGGAACAAGUACAGCAGAUUCAGGACACGGCAUGAUUAUGACUUCAGGAUGGAGAAGGAGCUGGAGGAUACGAAGGAAGAGGAGAGGAAGGGUCUGAUUAAGACUAUGAGGACUCCAUUGCAGGAGUUGGCGGACUUCAAGGCGGCGCAGAAACAACAGGAGAGCAGAGAAUUGACGGAUGCGCAGCUGGCGAAGAUUGGCGAGGUCAUGGCGCAGGAGCAGGCGAGGAGAGGAGUUGUGAUGCAGCAGGAGCAAUGA